AUGAAUGAACAUCCAAAGGUGGGCACCGAAGGCGACGACGUGCCCGACAGGUUCCAGCUGACGGGCGAUCAGGGCCGACCUCCGGCACCGUACGAGGGCGAGGGAACCCACCGCUACGAGACGCGCAUGACUGAUGAGGAGAUCGCUCACGGUCUGGGUCGGGAUGCUCGCCGGGCCUCCCAGGUGCUGCACCACCAGCUUUCAGGUGGUGGCAUGGGCCAGGGCCAGACUGAGGGCACCAGUGACAGUUUCCGAGCUGACCUGGUCCCCAGGCCCUCGGAGGAAGAGGCCAUGCAGAAAGCCUUGGGAUCCCCGCAACCUUCUCCACAUGCAUCUCAGCAGCUAUAA